GGAUGUCAAAGACGUAAUACUGUCGAAGUGAUGAAUUCAAGGACUGCUGCUUUCCUAAUAUUUGACUGGUUCUCGGUGGGGAAAGGGAAUCAUUUGCCAUGUCUGUAACUGCCCUGUUCAGGGGCAAGUGGGGGCAAAAGCCACAAGAAACCCGAGAGAAGCAUCCAGUAGCUGUUCAACCCAGCCAUGAAGACGAUGAGGAUGAGGAUGACUCUAAAGUUGGUUUCAGCAGAGAUACUAUCCGCAGGAACUCACGCUUUUAUCGGUCGAUGAGGAAGAAGAGGCUGGUCUCAUCUGAGCAAUCUGGAAAUUCUAGUUUGGACCACAGUCCAUCGAGCAGAGCAGGGGUCUCCUCCUCUAAUGCUCCCUUACCCAGCAAAUCACCAUUGUUGCCCCAGGCACAACUCACUCAGCAUUCACCGCAGCUCCAUAAUUCCAGAACUGUGUUGCCAAGCAAUGGUGAGGCCAGCAACAGACAUGCUCAGUACAGCAGGGAUGCUGAGGAUAGGAGAAGAGGAGGAGUGGGAGGAGGGAGGAGUGAGGACAUAUCUUCUGCCUCUAACAGCCAGCAUCAAGAUGUUACAGCUGACAUGAUAACUUACCAGACUCACGGCAUUCAUAGCAGAGACAUAACACAGCUGUCAGAGAAAACAGCUGCAGCUUGCACUGUACAGGAGGUCAGAGGGAAAACCAUGAGCUCACAACGGCCCAGCUCUGAUGGCGCAGACCCGGAUACCGCCAGCCUCAGAUUACCGAGCGAUGGAGAAAGCUCCCAGACAAUCUGCCACAGCCUCAACAUCGUCAAAAACAUCGCCUUCCUGUACCAGGAAUACCGAGACACCUCCAAGCAGCAGGAGAUCGACCAACGGCGGCAGCGUGAGAACCUUUCUCCUCGGAUCACAGCUGGGACUGUGGUGGCAGGGUCCGGUGUCAUGUCCCCUCCAGUGCUACAACUGCAGCUGAGGAACAGUGCUCGGUCACUCAGCUUGUGGCAGAACCUGGAAGUUGUGCAGGCCAGCGGCCUGCUCACACAGUUACUGCAGAAAGAAAUCAUAAUGCAAGAGGCCAUGUUUGAGCUUGUUACUUCAGAAGCAUCGUACUACAAGAGUUUGGAAAUUUUAGAGUCCCACUUUGUACGGAACCCAAUUUUACUCAACACUCUCAGCCAGUCCGACGUGCAUUUUCUGUUCUCCAACAUCGAGGAAGUCAUGAAAGCCAGUGAAAGGUUCCUGAUGGAUCUUGAGCACCGAAUGGAGAAGUCUAUUUUGAUCUCUGAUGUGUGUGACAUUGUUUACAACCACGCUCUGGAGCACUUCAGUGUCUUCAUCAAAUACGUCAUUAACCAGGUGUACCAGGAGAAGAACUACAGACGCAUUUUAGAGGGAAACCAGGCAUUUCGGGAAGAAAUGGCUACACUGGAGAACCAUUCUCGUGUCAGGGGCCUUUCCUUCACCUCAUUCCUAAUCCUUCCUUUCCAGAGGAUCACAAGGCUCAAGUUGCUCGUACAAAAUAUCCUGAAGAAAGCAGAAGAAAACUCAGAGAGGGAAGCAAAUGCUAUAAAAGCACAUCAACAACUGGAGCAGAUUGUGAAAGAAUGUAAUGAGGGGGUGAGAAAAAUGAGUCGCACUGAGGAGCUUAUCAGCAUUGAAAAAACACUGGAGUUUAAAUCCAAGUCUGUGCCCAUCAUUUCCCAUUCACGCUGGUUGCUAAAGAAAGGGGAAGUGCAGCUCAUGGCCGGACCUAAGAGCACUCGGACCAUGCGGAGUCGUAAGCUCUACCAACCAGUCUACUUGUUCCUUUUUAACAAUCUGCUGCUGGUCACCAAGCGCAGCUCGAGUGGGGACAAGUUCCAGGUUCUUGACUCAUGCACACGGUCCAUGUUGAGGACUGAAGAUCUUGAAGACCAGGGCCAGCUACUGGCUAAUGUCUUUAAUCUUAAACUUCUGGAGAACCAAGAGGAGCGUCCAGUCAGCUACAUGCUCAAGACCUCCAGUAUGAGUGAUAAGCUUCGAUGGAUGUGUACUCUCACUCCUAACCGGCGCACACGCUUUAUGUCCACCAGUGCCCACCAACCAGACUCCCCCCAGGUGCAGUGUAUUCAGUCAUACUCAUCCCAGGAGCCAGAUGAACUCUCCAUUGAGAUGGCUGAUGUUUUGAACCUCCUAGAGAGAACAAACGAUGGCUGGAUGAUGGGUGAAAGGAUGCAUGAUGGUGAAAGGGGCUGGUUCCCUAAUCGAGUUGUAGAGGAGAUCCAGAGCAAGGAGGUCCGAGCUCAGAACCUGAGGGAGGCCUUCAGGAUCCAGCAAGCCCAGGAAGGUGGAGGAGGGCUGCAGACUGGAGCCAGGAUUGGUUUCAGGGUGGGGAGACGCACCCCAAGGGUCUCAAACUAUUCCAAUCCUUGAAUUAAUCAAAUGGGGGAGAGCAGUGAAGUAAAGCAGUGAAGCGGUAACAGGGAUGAAUGUCACCAUUCAUUAAAAUAAAUGAUCAGGAUACAUGCGACUUAAAUCCCUUACAAUGACAUCUUGUCCUUUUGAUUUUCACUAAGCAGUUGAUGGUUUUAGAAACCCAAAUGAUCAAGGCGCUUGAGUCAAUAACCUUGUACAAGCGAUGCUGCAUGUCUCAUAUAAACUGUGUGCUGCAGGUGUUUUGUAGGCUCACACAUUAUAAUGUAAUGCAUGGAGCAAAGCUCUGUAUGUGGUUAGGAGCUGUGUGUGGGGAUGGCAAUAACCCUAAAAGGUCUUGUAAAGGUACUGUAAACAUCUCUCAGCUGCAUGGGCAAGUCUAACAUUUUUUAAGAUGUUCAUUUCAUUGUAAAAUACCUUUGCCUUCUGAAUUUUACCCCACACCCACAACACAAGUGUACAGUGGGCCAGAGAGCCUAACGCAAUGCAAUUUACAAGAACACAUACAGAUAGACUAAUUGAAACAGAACACCAUGAAAUACAGAAACGCACUUCAAAAAUCCAAAACACAACACAAUACAGUGCAUUGAGCUUUCAGAGCCAACGUACAGGUGUCUCAUAAAAUAGUAUUGUAUAAAAAUGAGCAUUGAUUAUUUAAAAACUCUGUGUCUAUAAAUAUUCAAAUAAGUGAAUCAGCUAAAGUGAUACUCCACCCAAAACCCUUUACGAGUAUGAAACACUGGCUAUGAUUGCUCCAUUAUGAGAACAUUGGCAGUAGACAGCUUUGAUUCACAGCGGUUACAACAGUACAAUCAUGCAACACCAAAUACAUUGCUAAUAUUAACAACACCAGAAAAAUAUCAUAUUAUUUCUCCUUAGGUUUGGUACAUAACUAUCAAAAAUAGUACAUGUGACAUAAAAUACAAACACAUCAUACUGUAUAUUACUUUAACAGGUUGGCAUGGCGGCUUAUCAGAACACACACCCCCGACCAAAACAAAACUUAUACAGUAAGUCUGACGAGCCUUGUGCCGUGCAGAAUCCUUACAAAUGUCCAGUAAAUCUGUUGUUCCAAAAUUGAUAGAAUCAACGUCACGGUUCAAAUAUUUUUAGAUUAAUUUUAACUUUUAAAAUGAUCUCUCUGCUCCACCAGGACCUCUAAUGCCGAUGACCUGAUGUGCACUUUGUCCGCAGUGGCCCAUUGGUCGGAGAAUUUAUUUUUGAAAGGCCAUUAAAUUAUGGCAGCUUUAAAAACGUAUUCUUCAGCUCCUUCAAAUCCUAUCACUUGGGCAUUCUGUUUAUAAAAGGGAAAAAAGCAUUCCGCUGCUUGUAGCACUUAGCUCGAACAUUACUGUCACAUGAUGAGACUCUCGACAAUGGACAACAGUUUUUACCAGCAAUCACCACAUCAGUGGACAUUGAUUUUGUUUUACUGUGUCAUAACACAGUAAAACAAUAUCAAUGUCCACUGAUUAUUUCAUUAUAUAUUACAUAUAUAAUAUUUAGCUAUAUGUACAUAUAACAUACAUCAGAAAGUGUGAUUGCAGUUUUACAGUCAUGUAAGUAAGUUACCUUAUUUAAAUGUAUGUAAACUAAUAUACUACCAAGUGCAGCUUGUAAUGAGUUUACAAUUUGAAGUACUGUUCUCAUGAGCAUUGCACAUGGACCCCUAAUUGUAAUAAGAUAACUAGCACACUGUCCCUAACAGUUAUCCUGAUUUUCUAGCUGCCAGGAACCCAAGCUGACCUCUGUUCUGUCUAAGAAACUGCUCACUAACAGUCAUAUUCUCAGGCUACAGUGUCUAAUACUCAAAGGAUACAUUUUGUAUGGACUAUCACUUUGAAAUCGUCACUAUAAAAGGAGAACACACACACACACACACACACACACGGGAUAAAUCCUCUAAUAGCAAUUUAAUGCCAAAUAACUGCAAUAUGUCAUAACUGUAUAGAAUGUAUCAACACUUUGAGCAACUAUGGAUCAGCAUGAUUGUAAAGCCUUGUGUGUUUUUAAAUAUGGUAUGUGUACAGUAAUGCAAACAUUUGAUGUUCAAGCUAAUAAUUACAAAAUAAUUAUUUCAUUUUGUAAGAUGUAAAUUAUUGUUAAUAAAAAAGCAUUAAUCAGA